AAUGUCAAAGAAGGAGCCGAAUUGGUUGAGCACAAUAGGAUCUCUGUCAUCAGCGAACACAAUUUUAAGUGGCGGCUUUGAUGAAGAACUUGUCAAAAUUGGAGAAAGAAUAGCUAGAGCUGAGCCGGCCUAUAGGAAAGCAGAGAUGGGCAGGCAAUUAAAGAGCACAAGCAAAGCGGAUUCUCAAGGAAAAUCUGAGAGAAUGUUUAAAAUUGAAACAAUGCUAGACAAUCUUAUAUCAUCCUCAACGUCUGAAUUGGAAGGCAAUUUUUCAACGAAUAACAUAGGAACAGUAAUGGCUGAUAAUGAAAUCCCAAAUAUUGAUUAUGUCAUGUCAGAGCCAAUGCUUAACGGUUUAUCUCAAAAUAGAACGGCAUUCAUAACAAAUUCUACGCCUUAUUUACAAAUUCCGAUGUCAGAGCAACAAUCCACUCUAUCUUCUAUUGUUAAUGUUGAAUAUCUAAACGAUUCAGUUGAAAACGACGUUGAAACUUCAGCUUAUCUACAGGCAGCCAGUGGGGAUUACUGUACGGAUGAGGACGCUAGAAGUGACGAUACAGUACUCUCACUAGAAGCCUUCUGUAGCGAAAAGUCGAUUAAACAACUUAAACUACUUGGUGAACGUUUGCUAUUGUAUGGAGAAAAGUUAUGUCGUAUUGGGAAAAAAUUACAAAAAUUGGAACAAUCAAGAAGAAUUAAAAUCGGUACAAUAAGACAGUUAGGUGGAACAUUAGCAUCUUUAUCAAAUAGACUAGAAGGGGCUGGGAAAUUACUAAGAGUCUUUGAUGAAUCGAAAGAAGAGAUAUAA